AUGGCCUCUGGCAAACAGUCAUACCUCAUCGUCGGAGCCGGCGUGUUCGGGGUAUCCACUGCCUAUCACCUAAUCAAGAAGUAUCCCGACGCCUCAGUGACUCUGGUUGACCGAGAUGCCUUUGACGCAGAGAGUCGGGUGGCUGCCUCGUGGGACUGGAACAAGGUGGUGCGCGCCGACUACGACGAUAUAGUCUACUGCCAACUGGCUCUUGAGGCACAAGACAUCUUCGAGACGGAUCCGCUGUGGCAGCCGUACUUCCACAAAACCGGUAUCUUCUGGACGUGUCGCAGCAACUACGCACAGGAAGUCAUCGACAACUACAAGAAACUUGGCCGGACGGCGGAUCUUCGAGCGGUGUCCGUCGACGAGGCCCGCAAGCUGUAUGGCGGACUGUUCGAGGACGCGGAUUACAAUGGAGUCCAGGAGGUGCUGGUCAACAGAACCAGUGGCUGGGCUGCUGCGGGAGAUGCGCUGCGGGCUGUUACCCGCAAAGCCAUCGAACUCGGUGUGAAGUAUGUGACGGCCGAAGUGGCGACACUGCAACUAGACUCUCGCGGGAGGUGUUAUGGAGUCAAGACAAAGAAAGGAGAAUCUUUGACGGCUUCGCAUAUUAUCCUUUGCACGGGUGCAUAUACCCCCAAACUGCUGGAGCUCAGCGCUGCAACCACUGGUCUGAAGGAUCUUCGAACCGAAGGCAGAAUUGUAGCGGGCGGCAUCACGACGGGAAUGACGAAACUCGACGACCAGUCAUACAAAAGAUUCGCUGCUAUGCCUGUGGGUGUCCAGGGGUACACUGCACAGAUAGGUCCGUUUAUUGGCAGCCUUCCCCCAACCAAGGACAGAGAAAUCAAGUGGUGGGGACAGACGAUAUUCAAAAACACUCAUGAAGUGCUACCCGGGCGCCAUCUUUCAGCGCCACCUGCAGCCCCAGACUACGCUCAAUGGAACGUAUCCAAAAAACUCAAGGAGGACAUCGACUAUGCGAACAAGGUGUUUUACGGCAAGAACGGCGCGAGCUGGACGAUGGAGAAGCAUCGGAUCUGCUGGGAUGCCUUCACCACAAGCUCCGACUUCAUCAUCUCGCCACACCCGGCCGCCCAGGGCCUGUACCUCGCCACGUGCGGCUCCUUUCACGGGUACAAGUUCUUCCCCGUGCUCGGCAAGUACGUACUGCAGAUGCUCGAAGGUUCGCUGGAGCCGAAACUGGUCGAGAAAUGGGCCUGGGACCGUGAGCGGCCGGAUCCGUCACUCAACCCGGACUGGCCGAGGUGGGAGAUGAGAGAUUUCGUGGACGCGGUCCGGACUUCGAAGCUAUAG